GGCGCCGACUAUAACCCCGGCAAACGUUCUCCUAGUCGGGACUACCACCGAUAACCGGGUGUCUCAUCGGGCGAAUCAUCGAAAUCACUCGUUCUUUCUUAUAUGCAAGCUCGGUCCCUGCAUUGCUGAUCUCCCAAUUCCACGUACAAAAUGACAGAGCCAGUGUUGCGAGUUAUCGUAGAUGGUGACAGCAACAAGACGUAUAGAAAGGGAGAACUAGUCACUGGACGAAUUAUUCUGAUAGUGGAAGAGCAGGAACAAAUCGAGUCACUCAAGGUGGUUUUUGCCGGCAGUUGCAUUACGAAGACGAGUCGACCGUACCGUAUCUAUGGAAACGACGACGACGUCCCACCAAGACGGGACUACGAAGAGAAAAUCCGUCUUUUCAAUCGUGAAAUAGAGAUAAUACCGCGGUCGACGCUAGAUCCGAAGAAGUACUCGUGGACUUUCGAAUUCACAUUUCCAGAAUCGACUGAGCAAAGAUACAAGCGACUGAUUCAUGGCCCCAACUACCUCAGAGAACCGCACCCACUUCCGCCAACCCUUCAACUCAAGACCAAUACGCCAGGUGGAGCAGCACAUAUCUCCUACUUCGUUCAGGCCAGGCUAGUCUUUGCUGACUCAAGAGGCACGAAAAGAUGCAAACAUAUGCUGCGAUACCAUCCAACACCACAAGGAGAGGUACCACGAGAGGCCAAGAUCACUUCGGCUUUGCUAUACGGUCAAAGAUGGAAACCGGCAAAAGAGAAAGAAAACACUCGAACGGCAGUCGAUAAGGUGUUCUUGCGCCGUUCUUCGAAUAGCAAUCCGCGAAUUUUACCAAGUCUUUGGCACCCCGAGUCAAUAGCCCCAGGACAACACAUACCCCUCUCCAUAAGCCUAGUGAAUACAAGAGAUCCAUUCAAUGAGGCCAAAGGAGAAUGCAUCUUGGAUUCUCUAUCGGUCACUAUUUCUACCUACUCCACGAGUAUGUGUGGGCAUCACAUGACGGAACCCGAGGACAUUGUCUCGAAACAUGUUACUUGUAUAGCACGCACCAGCAUGAACAAGUCUCUCCCAUUCGGCAAAAUGGUGUCACUUACAUCCAACUUCCGCCUUGUCGACGACGCGGAAUGCGUACCAACCUUCAAAACCUACACAAUUACACGCCGAUACGCCCUAACCGUGUCCAUCGGCAUCAAAUUCAAUGACCAACACUUCACCGUCAAGUCCACCACACCACUCGAAAUCCUGCCUCGCAUGCCUCGCGAGCUACCAUCGCCACUGGAGGACGGCGACGAUGUUGAUCCUUUGCCACUGUAUGUGCCGAGGGAACCGUCCAAGGAAUUUGCGCCGGACUACGAGUCUAUAUAUGCGCUUUCAAGGACGACUUCGAGUGAGAAUUCCAUGGCAUUGCCACCAUCUCGAAGUUCGAGUUUGUUUUCUAGCGCGAGUGCGUUGAGUUCGGCGGUAUCAACGCCACCCUCGAGGGAGGUUGAACAAUUGGUUCUCGAGCGGGUGGAGGGAUAGAGACCAAGAUAAGGGCAAAGGAGUUAUACGUGGAAGUGGAGCAGGUUUCGUGAAAUUCACUGGGGAAAAUGACUCUAGACAGAAAAGAAAAAUCAUCAUAGAGGCUCAUGU